AUGGCAUAAGCUUAAUUUAUCACAUGUACAACACCUUCGACAAGUUAUAUCACUUUAAAUUCCACCAAACCUUCAGCAUAAUAUUAUUUUAAUACUAAAUUUGAGGAUGGAAGCUUUAUAAAUUUUGAUUUAUUUUUUUAGGGUACAUGGUCAAAUUAAUCUGUAAUUUUUACUAUAGGUGAUACCUUUCAAUACACAUAUUCUUAUACUUCACCAGCAACUUAAAUAAUUACAAAAGGAUUUUGUGAUAAUUUAAUUGGUGAUGUUAAAUCUAUCAAUUUUACACUCACAAAUACAGUAUAGGAUAAAUUCUAAUUCACUUCGACAGGUUCAGGGGAUACAUAAGUUUCAAUUAAAAAUAUAAUCAUUUCCCGUCAUAUAUUAUCAUGUUAUCCAUCAUGUAGUUAAUGUACAGGUUCAAAUUUCAAUUAAUGCUUAAAAUGUUAUCAUGGAUCGGUUAUUAAUAAUAUUUGUCCGCCUUGUCCAUAAAAUUAAUAUUAUACAAAAUAUUUAGGAUGCUAAUAAACUUGUGACAUAGUCUCUCCAAUCUAAUUUAAUGGAUUCUGUUAAAGUUAUCCAAGUAAAUAUUUUUCAAUUUAUAAAUUUUAAGUUUCCAUAAUAGCUUCAGUUUAAUUUUCAUCAUCGAAUCCUCUUGAUCCUGAAAAUCUGAAGUGGUCUCUUAUAUAUGACUCAUUAAAUAUCGAUACUUCCCCAUAACCUUUCUAGAACUUUUAUGGGAUAUUUAAAUUUAAUUCUGGUAUCUAAAUACAUAUUUUGGAUCCAUUUACAAAAAUUCUUCUGGAAUUCAAACACAUAAAUUGA